AUGGCACAGUCUUCUGUAUUAGUCUUCAACAUGGGAGUGUUCAUCUCGACGCUGUUUCUGCUCGAGUUUGGCGCCGAUAAAAUCAUCGACCAUUCUGCUGCUGUCGCCAGCCGUAUUGGAGUUUCCGAGGUGCUCGUUGGCCUUCUCACAGCUGGGGCAGAAUGGGAAGAGCUUGCGGUUGUCAUCGCCUCAUUGGCUCAAGGCCGGUCAUCGAUUGCCCUUGGCAAUGUUGUCGGCGCAUCCAUCUCAAACAUCCUCGGAGCCUUUUCUUUAGGCUUGCUCUGCUUCAAUGCCGACGAGGUAGAGUUCGAAAGAAGCGAGCGUUUGUAUUCUCUUAUUCUAUUGAUUUUGACAACACUAGUAGCCCCAAUUAUCUACUUUCCGGCACCACUUACAUGGAGAGCGUGCGGUCUCAUCCUCACCAUCUCGUUUAGCAUCUAUUUCCUCGUUGUGGCACUGGACGUUGCCAAAGCAGUUAUACAAGCUCAAGAAGGUGCUGACAGCGAGGACUCUGACCCUGAGGAUGAUGACAGUGUGGCAGGAAGUGACACCGAGUUGCUUUCUGGAAACAGUUCUAUUAGACGGGACCGCGAACGAUCUCUUGGAUACCAUGCGACGCGUCUUAUAUUUGGAUUUCUAGCCAUUUCCCUUGCAGGCUAUGUGCUUUCGCAAGCAACAAUCAACAUAAUCGACCAGCUUGGCAUUUCGGAUGUUUUGUUCAGUGUCGUGAUUCUUGCUAUUGCAACAACGCUGCCAGAAAAGUUCAUUGCCAGCAUGAGCGGAUAUCGGGGCCAUUUUGGAAUCAUGGUGGCCAGUUGCGCUGGUAGCAAUAUAUUCCUAUUGUCCAUAUGCUGCGGUAUUAUCAUGAUCCAGUCAAAUGGCCAUUUAGAUGGCGGCAACGUCACGCUUACAGAACUCGCCGUACUUUGGGUUUCCACAGCUGCAUUUACAACGACGAUAUGGUUUGGCGUCAAAUAUGUGCGCUGGAUUGGCGCAGCCAUGCUAGUGGGAUAUAUCGCAUUUAUUAUCCUGGAGUUUACAAUAAUCCACCGUAUUGUGGAUUAA